AUUUGGGAUAUAUUUUUUAUAAGAAUAAAGUUUUUUAUAAAUACAAUGAUUGAUUUGGGUAAUAAAAAUAAUUGUUAAUACUUCACAAUAAAAAAUUAAAAAUAUUCCUUUAAUACGUUUGUUUAUGCUUAAAUUGGAAACGCUGAUGUUGGAGAAUAAGAAUUAGUUCUUUUCUGUACUGCACAUGCCAUCAAAUGCAUCAAUUGUUCUUAUUCAUUAUUUCGACUACAGUAAGCUUAAUCAAGCACCUACACAUAUAUUUUCGGUCCGUUUUCUCAUCGGCAGAAAUACGGUCGUUUCAAAUACACUUCAGAUCAUUCAUAGCUGCAGUAAGAUGAAAUUAGAACUCGUACAGGUGCUUUUCAGACACGGAGCGAGGACUCCAAUUAAAGAAGAGCUAAAGAUUUUUAGUUACAUCGACGAAUCUUCGUAUGAACCUCUCGGUCUCGGGACCUUGACUAAUACAGGAAAAAAACAAAUGUACGAAUUGGGUAAAUUUUUGCGAGAACGUUAUAGCGAAUUUUUAGGUGCAAAUUAUAAAUCUGACCACGUCUAUGCCUAUUCGAGUGAUACGGAUCGUACUAAAAUGUCUUUGCAAUUGGUUCUUGCUGGGCUUUAUCCCCCCAUUGAUCAAGAAGUUUGGAACCCACAUUUGAUGUGGUCGCCAGUGCCUUAUGUCUAUACACCAAGACAGUUCGAUGUUCUUCUCAGAUCUUACGAUAAUAAAAAAUUCAGAAACUUCAUUCGUAAUUCGUAUCUGUCAAAAGAUACGAAGAAGCGAAUCACAAAGAAUUCUGAUUUUUUAAGCGAGAAAACCGGGAUCAAUUUUAGUAAUAAUUUUUACAACAUCGCUUUCGUUUACGGUGUUUUGAUUGCAAAUGAAUGCAUGAACUUACCUUUGCCAGAUUGGUACACCGCUGAUGUCAAAGAAACGUUCAUAGAAUCCAUGGCACAGGUGUACGAUGGUUAUGUAUCAACACUAGAGAUGAGAAAAAUAGGUGUAGGGCCGUUAAUUAAAAUGUUUAUUCAAAACAUGAAUCUCGAUCGGACAGUCUUCAAUCCAAGAAAAAUUUAUUUAUACAGUGGUCAUGAUGGCAACCUAGCGAUGUUCACAAGAGUGCACGGCAUUAAAGAAUUUCGAUAUCCUGAAUUCGGGAGUGCUUUGAUAUUUGAAAAAUUGCGUGAUUCAGAAGACAACGUUCAUGUGAAAAUCCUUUCUUGGACAGGAAACGGAAAGUUAAUGUCUUUACCACUUGGAGAUCACAGUGAAUUUUGUCCUAUCGAUAAUUAUUUGAGAAUGGUGGAAUCGAUAAUACCUACUGACAAGGAAAUUGAAAAAAUGAUCAAUGACAGCAAGUGUAAAAUAUUUAGACAAUUGUUUUUCAGUGAUAAUGCUGUGAAAAAAUUGUAAGCUUUAUCUGCCUGUUGUUUAAUUUUGUCAAGUGUAUAAUGGAGUAAUAAUAUAGUUAUAAAUUAUACUUCUGAUU